AUGAGCCGCCAAGUCAGUUAUAGCCAACAAUCUUGCAGGACCUCCAGUGGAGGGCAACGCCAAGGAUUCAGUGGCCGAUCUGCUGUGGUCUCCAGCAAAAGUCACAUCAGCUCUGGCAGAUCCACGUCUGCUUCCCGAUGUGGAGGAGGUGGUGGCAGUGGAGGCGGCAGUGCUGCAUCAGCUUGUGCUGCCAUGGGCAGGGGCUUUGGCAGCAGAAGCCUGUACUCCCUGGGGGGGAACAAAAAGAUCUCCAUCAGUGUAGCUGGGGGUAGCUACCAAGCAGGGGGCUUAGGUGGUGGCCGAAGCUGUGGCUUGGGGGGCAGUGGAUUUGGAGCUGGUGGCAUGGGAGGGGGAGCUGGUGGAUUUAGAGGGGGAGCUGGUGGAAUGGGAGGGGGAGCUGGUGGAUUUAGAGGGGGAGCUGGUGGCUUUGGAGGGGGAGCUGGUGGCUUUAGAGGGGGAGCUGGUGGCUUUGGAGGGGGAGCUGGUGGCUUUGGAGGAGGAGCUGGUGGCUUUGGAGGAGGAGCUGGUGGCUUCGGUGGCCCUGGUGGCUUCGGUGGCCCUGGUGGCUUUGGUGGCUCCGGUGGUCCUGGUGGUUUCCCUGGUGGCAUCCAUGAAGUGACUGUGAACCAGAGUCUUCUAAAGCCCCUCAAUGUGGAGAUUGACCCCCAAAUUGGGCAGGUGAAGACCCAAGAGAAGGAGCAGAUCAAGACCCUCAAUAACAAAUUUGCUGCCUUUAUCGACAAGGUCAGGUUCCUGGAACAACAGAAUCAAGUCCUAGAGACCAAGUGGCAGCUGCUUCAGGACCAUGGGUCCACUUCAAACUCCAAUGACCGGAACCUUGAGCCCUUCUUUGAGAACUACAUCAGUAGCCUCCGGGCCCACUUAGAUAUGCUGGUUAAUGAAAAAAACAAGCUGACUGGAGAACUGAGCAGUAUGGAAGACUUGGUUGAAGACUUUAAGAAGAAGUACGAAGAGGAGAUCAACAAACGUACUGCUGCUGAGAAUGACUUUGUGGUUCUUAAGAAGGAUGUAGAUGCUGCCUACAUGAGCAAAGUAGAACUGGAUGCCAAAGUGGAGAGCGUGAUGGAUGAGAUUAACUUCCUCAAGGCCCUGUAUGAUGCAGAGCUGUCCCAGAUGCAAUCAGACACCAGCGACACCUCUGUGGUUCUGUCCAUGGACAACAACAGAUGCCUGGACCUGGAUAGCAUCAUUGCUGAAGUCCGAGCGCAGUAUGAAGACAUUGCUCAGAGGAGCAAGGCUGAGGCUGAGGCCCUGUACCAGACAAAAUUGGGAGAGCUGGAAAACACAGCUGGCAGGCAUGGGGAUGACCUGAAAAGCAUCAAGAGUGAGAUCUCUGAGCUCAACAGGAUGAUCCAGAGGCUUCGAGCUGAAAUUGAGAAUGUCAAGAAGCAGAACGCCAACCUUCAAGCAGCCAUUGCUGAUGCUGAACAGCGUGGAGAGAUGGCUCUCAAGGAUGCUAAUGCCAAGAUGGUAGAACUCAAGGCUGCCCUGCAGCAGGCCAAGGAUGAACUGGCCCGCCUACUUCGUGAUUAUCAGGAGCUCAUGACAGUCAAACUGGCCCUGGACAUGGAGAUUGCCACGUAUAGGAAGCUGUUGGAGGGAGAGGAAUGCAGGAUGUCUGGAGAGUGCCAGAACACCGUGAGCAUCGAAAUGGUCCACAGCAGCAGUAGCAGUAGUGGUGGUUCCACGGGAGGAGGAGCCGGUGGACAUGGCCGAGGUGGCACCAGUGGUGGCAGUUGUGGCAGUGGGGGCACAGGUGGCAAAGGAAUAGGCUCUGGGGGAAGUUAUGGCAGAGGAGGAACAGGCAGGAAGGGAAUGGGCAGUGGGAGCCAUGGUGGCAGUUCUAGUGGGGGCUUCAGCUCUGGGGGAAGCUGUAGUGUUGGAGGUGGGUACUCUAGCCAGUCUGGAGGCUCUGGGGUUGUCAGUGGGGGUGGUAGCAGCUCUAUCCAAGUCUCACAGAGCUCUACCCGGAGCCAGAGAUCCAACAACAAAUUCUAAAGUACACAUGAGUAAACUACCAAAAGCCCAACUGUGCUCAUUCCUAUCCACACUAGCCCAGGCUAACCAAACUCUGCAUAACACUACCUAGCUAUAUCUACAAAUAUAGCUUCCAGUCCUCUUUUUGCUUUUUCCCUCUUCUCUGGCAUCCUUUAGCUGUUGAGACCACAACCAUGGAAGUUAGAGGGUUUGCAAUUUUGGGAAGUAUCUCCAUAGCAGCUGGGAAUAUCCCUAGGAUAUGAGACUCCUAGGCAAUGUCCCAAGCCUGCCCUCUUCUUCAGACGACUUCUUUGGAGAGACUCAGCUUUGUGACUCUAACCCUUGGGGGAUCCUUUGGUCUCUACUUUAUACAGAUGUUUUGAUUCCCUGUUAAGUGAUACUGGACCAGGGGAAACAUGCUCUGUUAUUCCUCUUCAAUAAACUGCAUUGUUUAAGACA